UGAUUUUUUUUCACUUCGGUUUUACUCAAAAUAUUUUGUUUAUGACAUAAUACUUAUUUCAUAUAGAAAUUGCAAGUGGAUGGGUUAAACCCCGAACAACCAUUGUUUGGUUAAUUUAGCUAAUAACCACGCUCUAGUAGGGUUUGUUUACCUUACGUCUUUACGCCCAAUGCCUCAGCCAAUCACUUAUUGCGAGUAAAAAGGCGGGACUCAAAUCAACCAAUGGAUGCAACGAACGUCAAGCAUCUUACAUUACAGUAGCACAAGACAAGAGGCACGAAAGUGAAUGAAGAAAUGAGAGCCAUGUCUCCUGAGGAACCCUUCCAGGACUCUUUAGACGAGGAUGUAGAUGGCUUCUCAGAGCCUGGGAGAGGGAGCAGGAUACGCAGCAGCGUCUACACUAAAACCCCUGAGAUGGAGAGCAACUAUUAUGGAGACUAUGGUGCAACCGUGGACAAAAGUCCCCUGUUGAAGACAUUGAUGAAUGCCGAAGCAGCGGCCAAUUCUGCAGCCAUACAGCUCAUGUCAUUCAAGGAGACACUGGAGGACGAUUUUGCAGACUCAAGACACUCUGCUUCUGAAUACCGGUGGAUGUCAAGGCAGAGAGGCCUUCUGCUGGAGAAGUUGGAGGUUUUUAAACGGAUAAACAAGUCUGUUCGACAGCAACUCCAAGACCUGAAGGAUGCAGAGGCGUCUCGAAUGGAGACAGACAAACACAUCAAACUCUUAAUAAAGAAGCUUACACAGGCUGAGUGUGAUAAUCUGCAUUUGAAAGGAGAUUUGAAUGAUAAAGAAAAAAUGGCUGAAGAACUGAUGGGUUUGCGGAAGAAAGAAGUGGAGAACACAGAGAAUGCGGUCCAUGCCACCAAGUCUGUGGAGACCACACGUGCUCACCUGCAGGGCCAGCUACGCAGCAGGGAGGCCGACAACAACGGUCUCACCGUGAAGCUCCGGGGUUUGGAGACGCAGUUGACGGCACAGAAGCUGGAGAUAGAUGGUCUGAGGGGGGAGAUCUCUGGUGUUUCGGAGAAGGCAGCGCAGGAGAAAGGAGUCCUGAAGAAGGCCACCCGCGCCCAGAAACAGAGGGCCCAGAGGUUCGAAGCUGCUGUGGAUAAAUGCUACACGAAGCUGAGGGAAAAAGAUGUUCAGCUGGCUGAGGUUCAUUCAGAGAGGGACACAUGGAGGAGACAACAGGAGCAGAAGACAGAUGAGAGAAUACAGCUUGAUGCACAGAUAGGACUGCUAAAAGGCCAAAUAUCAGACAUUACUGUGAAGCUGCAGAAAGAGAGGGAUGAAUUUGCUGCUGCAAAUGAGGUCUUAUUGCUAAAAGUGGAAAAACUCAACGCUGAAAACAGAAACAUUGGCCUUGAGAACGCAACCCUCAAGGUGGAGAGCCAAGGGGAGAAGAUGAGAUCGUCAUUGGAAAUGAAAGAGUCUAUCCACGAGGCUAACUCACAGCUACAGCAGAAAUUGGAUGCUCUUCAAAAGCAGAUGGAAGAGCUGCAAGGAGAGAACCAGGGGCUGGUCCGUAGGCUGGCAGGUCAGGAGGACGCUUUACACUAUAGCAGCAGGCACCUAGAACAGCGCUCAGCAGACUGCCAUGCUCUCAACAGAGAACUGGAGGCCGCUCUGGCCGACAUCAGGCAACAGGUGUCCAAAGUGAAAGACAAAGCUGUUUCCAGAGAAAGUUCCUUUCAGACUAAAAUCCUGGAACUGGAGGGUGAGAAGAGCAGGAGAGAGAAUGAGCUGAAACAGAUUAAACAAAGCAAUCAGUUGGCUGAGAAGAAGUUUGAGGUGCGUCUGAAGGACCUGCAGCUCAGCCUGAACCAAUCAGAGAGCCACAAGCAGAGCAUUCAGAACUACGUAGACUUCCUCAAGAACUCUUACUCCACCAUGUUUGAUGAAGGACUACCACCGGCAGCAUCUAGCUUUGGAUCAUCCUACUUUUUAAAAUGAUAAUUACUCAGAUAUGUGUGUUUGUGGUGUGUUAUGUGUAACUUGUGUUGUUGUGGAAGUCAAAUGAGCCUUACUUACAAUGUAUGAACCUUACUUACGAAUGUUUUUAAUAAUGUACGUGCUUUGGAAAACAAAUGAAUUUGCACGUUGAUUCAUGUUCGAUGAAGAAGUCCAUGUUUGUUUAUAUAUCGAUCAGUAACUACUUUUUUCCAUUAUAAAUAGAAUUUCAAUAAA